GCCGGCCGUCGUUGCGAGCGGAUAUGUCGACGCUCGUCCCACUUCCGCUAACCGGGACCGCUCCAGCUGCGACGCAACUCGGUGAUCGUGAUCAAGCAACCAGUGAUCAAAACAAUCGGACCCGCGAGCGGCGCCACGUUUUUCUCGAUCCUCCGUCUGCCACGUAAUCGAGGACCACCGUUGGAAACGGGAUCUGGAUUGAUCCACCGCGACUCGUGCACAAGGGAACGCGCGGUGUUUUGUCAGUGCUUGUUGAACAGUGUCAUACGAUUAUAUUCUUGUUCGGUGCUGUUUAAUAUGGGAUCGCUGGCAGAUGUUUAACGCGUACCGCGUGUCGAACGGGAGUUAUCGAAUGUUAUUGGACACACGUGCGGGAAAAGGGGAGUGGGGAUUGAUCGGGGUUCCUACGUUGUGACAUGGACGCCUUGAGGGUUAUGUUCGCGGAGAUCAUGGUUUCUUGGAACUCGGAAGCGAGGCAGGGUUUGUUUUGCUUUGGUAUAGGGAUAUAGGCUACACUGUUGCCAAAAGGAAGAAAAAAUCCAUCAUUUUGCACGCGACAAUGUUUGGAGUAUCUCAACGAACCGGAGCACGUUUCCCGUAAAGUUCUCGCGUCGCCGCGGCUGGUCGCCUCGUUGGAAAUGGAAUUUGUUGAAUAUUCGAUCGGCUCGAUCGGCCGUGCACGCCGUGGAAAAUGAGGGAAUCACUUCCGUGACGUUGCCGUCUGCGGAACCGUCGAAGCAACCUAUAACAGUAAACAACACACGCAGUCACUGUAUCGAUCAGAAUCAUCGGAAAGAAAGUGAACUGUCCCCAUUCUCUCGGAUAAACCGUUCGCGAGUGAGUGACCCACGAUAUACGAGUACUUAAGCGACUUGGAAACAAGAGCGACGCGGAAAAAGUUCCCAACGCUUGCAUCCAGCCCGUUGGUCCAGGCUAAUUAGCGGUGUAAUUUCGAUUUUUCGCCGAGUCGACAAGAAUUACGCGCGCACCGAGGACACUACUGCCAGUGUUGCAACUGCCCCACCGCCACCGAUUCCUGACCGCUCGAAAAAAAACGGGGACCGUUUUGCUCGAUCGCCGGGCGGAUUAUCCUGUCCUGUCAUCCCAGGGAUCCGAUUUUAAUGAAAGCUUUUCACGAUACCGCAGCUCGCUCCCUCGCCGCGUUCCCGAUUGACAGCGAUCCGGUCACACCUCUGUCGAAAUAAUGCGAGCGAAGCGCAUCGAGGAGGAGACGCGCUUCAGACUGCUGAGGUACACGCACCGCGCCAAGUGUCGCAAGAUCAUUUAGUCGAUCGGACCUGAUCGCGCGACGCGGGUCAAACUGACGAAAGAAACGAGACUGACACACGGAGGAGACUGAAUAAAAUCGCACGGACGACACCGGACCCUCGCGAGUCGACCCUACCACUCACCUGGCUGUGAUUCCAUACUUUUAAAUUAAAAUUAAAACAAGCCGAACCAACAGAAUCGGACACCAGCGGACUCAAUAAUUUCUUCUCGUCCUCGACUUAUUAAUCGAUCCUGCUCUCUCUACUCGGCGUACGUGUGUGUAACGAAGAAGAAACGUGUUGCAAUCUCGAGUGAACUGAUCGACAAUUGUUAAAUGAACGUUAAUAUCGUUGUUCGAAAGAAACACGCGAAGAUUGGGUGGAAAUUUAGUGAACGAUUCGGUGAAAUUGUGUCACGAGAUCGUUGUCGUUUCUUCUCUCGCGUGGUCCUAAGAGCCGGGAGGUUCAGAAAAUAGAUCGGUGAGAACAUUUCUCGGUGGAGAGUGUUGCGACAGCUUCGAGGGAACUGCGGGAAUUGUUUUUGUUCGAGGGAGAGGAGUUUCAGAGAAUCUGUGGCUGGAACUGCGUUGGAUUUGAGAAAGAUAGAGCUGACGGGAAAGCGUAGAUCGUCGUUGGAGAUUUUUGUGCUGGAUCUAGAACGUGUUUGUUGCCAGUGGAUGAUAAAGUGAGAGUCUUAAAGAAAUAAUGAUAGAAUUGGAAGCGAGAUAAGAAGCCAGUGAACCAACGUAGUGAAGAGACAUGUGAAUAUUUCAAAAAUCUGAAAGUGAAAAUUGAAAGUCUGAGUACAGUAGACUUUUCCCUAUUCGAUAAUUUAAGGAGGCUGAUAGGAAAUCGAGUAUACAGAAAAAAGAAUUUUUUCGGAGUUAGUGUAAAAAUAAUAAUCUCGAUGAGUUGAAGGAAAUUCCGCCAAAUAAGAAGAAAAUUGAUUAGAGGAAGCUGAAGUGAAAGUGUAUACGAAGUUUGGAAGUCUCGAAGAUACUUUGGAAAUUAUAUAUUCGUGGCUAAAGUGUGAAGUGAAGUAAAAUGUAAAAGGAUUAGAAUAAUUGGCAAAGGGAUUUUGCGAUUAUAAGGGUAGUAUUACAAAUCACGAGAUUUGUCGGGAAUCCACGGGCAAAAGUAACGGAAAAAGUACUUAAAGGCUUUCGAUUCGUAAAGAGACCCUGCGCGGUGAAUUUGAAUUAAAAAUAAAAGGGAUCUGGAUGAUAGAAUUAUAAUUGAAAGAAUUAAAAAGACUAGUGAUUAUCAAUUGAAAUAAAACACUCGCGAAACCCGUCGCGUAUUAGGAAAUAACUCAAUCAAUUCAAGGAACUCGAAACAAAUUCUCUCGAUUUCAAAAUAAAAAUAUAAAAAUCUCCUAAUAGGUAUUCAAACAAUACAAGAUAACCACUAUUACACAUUUACAAUAAACAUUUCAAAAAGAAUUCAGGAACUUGUGAAAUCAGUGAAACCACAAACUUAUUUCAAUAUCUUUUUAAAAAAGAAAUGAUACGUUAAAGCUUCAAGUACCAAGUAUUUUUCGCUGUCCAAGGAUCAAAGAAGAAGUAUGCAAAAUAAGAAUCAUAAUAAAAGAAACAGUUUUAUCGCGAUAAAAAAUUGACAAAUCACAGUACGUUAAAUAAAUUUCAAUACCUUCCUAAAAAAGACAAGUCACUUCACAACUUCGAGAUACCAAACAUGUUUUCGAUAUUAAGAGGAUCAAGGAAGAAGUGUAUAAAAUAAAAUUCAUGAUAAAUCGAGGAGUAGUCGUGUUAUAAUUAAACAGGCCGAAGUUUUUCGAAAUAUUUUUCAACCAACGAAAACACAGAAAAUCCGCGAAGAUCGCUGUCAAGAGGCUCCAGGAAGCAGCUCGAACGGGGAUAAAAUAGCAGCGAGAAUGCCGAGAGAGCCGUGCGCCCGGGAUCGAAGCUUAUCCAUCGAUUUACCAGCCCCCGCGAAGGGUUGACGCUCGAAAAGAGUAUUCGGGGAUCAACUACGUGUCCCGGGGCAGCUCGAAAGAGAUAAUAAAAGGGUGUACUUCCCCCGAAUCAGAGGAGCUCGCGGAGAAGCUAGACACUCCGGGGGUGGUUUAAGGUUCGAGGGGUUGCUCCGCUUUGACGAAAACCGCUCGGAGCGUAACCGUGCCGACGUCGAACGGAGAAAAGUAGUUGAAAAGGCAAACGUUGACGCAAUCAAAGCGAUAUAGAAAAAGAAAUUCCUGUUUAACAAAAAAAUUACACUACCAGGGGGUGGAUUUCGGUAUUGAAGAGGUGGUCCCAGACGCUUACAUAUUAAAACGGAAGGAAGAGAUUGAAAAGUUGAGACGAGAAAUAGAAGUUUAUACUGAAGAUUGAGGAAUUGUAUCUGAAAGGGGUGGUUUUGAGUUAUAAAUGUAUUUUGGUGGUUAGUGGAAUUGAUUCCAGUGAAAUAUCAAUGGGGGGACAUCGACGAAAAGGAGAAAGAUAAGGAAAAGUGCAGUGAUAAAAGAAAGAAUAUUUACAGUUUAUUAAUAAAUUGUAGUGUAAGGCGGUGUUUUCAAGUUAUAGGUGUGACCCAUGUCUCUGAUGUCGUAGGCAACUAACAACAUUGGAGGACAGAAUAAACAUAGCUCAAAACAUGAAACAAGAGAUUAAGAAUUUAUAAAUUAUAAAGAAUUAUAUUGCGAAGGAGUGGUUUUGAUCUUCGACGGGGGUGGUACAUGUUUCAAAUAUCCUAGUCAACCAAAAAUACUGAAGAAAGGAGGAAACACCUCAAAGAACAAUACGAAGACUUAGAAACUUAUAAGCUACAAGAAAUUAUACUGGAAAGGGGUGAAUUCGUUCUUCAAGGGGGGUGAUCCGCAUUUCAAACAUCCUAGUCAAUCAAUUACACUGAAGCAAGAAACGAAGACACUUUAAAGAAUGAACCAGCAAAUUCAUAAUAUAUAAAUUAUUACAAAAUUACAUACUACAGGGGUGACUUUAUUCUUUAGGAGGGUUGGACCACAUUUCAAAUAUCCUAGUCAACCAAUGACAUUCGAGCAACAAGCAACAACACCUCAGAGAAUAAACCAAAAAGUUCAUAAUUUAUAAAUCACUACAAAAUCACAUCCUAAAGGGGUGACUUAUCUUCGAAGGGGAGGGUCCAUAUUUCAAACUUCCUGAUCUCGAGAAAUCCACGGAACUCAAGAAGAACACAGAAAAUUACAGUCGGUGUGAUAUCCCGAAAGAAAUUCAUAGCGUGCUCCCGAGGGCGGAAAAGGAUACAGGGGGUGAAUGAUGGAAGGGAAACGAGUAUCGAAUGAGCAGCGUCAGCGUGCCGGUACGUUCUCCCCAGUGCGGUGAAGUCGCGAUACCGAAAUGGGAACGGCGAUCGGGUUCCGGCGGCGAUACUAGAUCAACGACUCGUGGUCCGGGGGUGGAAUGAACGAAUCCGGGGAGGUGAACCGGAAGUCGACGCCGCGGAAUCAGGACGGCGCGCUGCCGAAACAUCCGAGGUGAGGAAAAAUUCAAUCGGAAGGGGUCGCAGCUGCGGAGACGAGGGUUAACGAGGAUUCGGGAUUGGAUCGGUGAAAUAAUUGGGUGCGGAGGUAUGCGCGAGCCGAAGGAGGAAUUAGAAAAGGAAGAAGGAGUUGCUCGGCAUAGAUUCUCGGCAAUUGAACUCGCGGAGAAACAUUUUUUCCGGACAUUCGUGCGGUACGCGAGAUCUUGAAAGUAUUAAAAACUGAUUAUAACAAUGAAAGAGGGUUGCUUCGAGAAGUAGUGGAAUUUAAAGGAACGUGAAGCAGUGAACAGUGACGUUUGGGGUGGCUAGUGAGUUUAAAAGUGAAAUUAACGAAGACUUGAAGUGAAAUUACUAAAUAUAUGCGGUCAAUAGUUGACGAAAAGGAUCAAACACAGGGUGAAUAGUUAAAUUUUUCGAGAGUUUGUAUCAUCUAUAGCUUUGGUGUACUAACUUUGAAGACUGAAUAAUGGAAGGGGUAGCUUUUAGGCGGCGCGAUAAGUGAGAAUUGAAAAGUGUUCAGUGAAUUCGAAUUUAAAGAUGGGAUCAGUGAAGAUUCUAUUAAGCACGGACGACAGUUGACGAGGCAACAGGGUAGCUGAGUACUCAGCGUAAAACCGGAAGCGUCCAAGUUCCUGUGCUUCCGGUGAGCGACGAGAAUACCAGGAGAGUUCUUGGAAGUUGUUUCAGUGUUUCCGACGUCGACGACGGCACAGAAAAGUCUGGUAAACAUUCGACUUCCUCCUGCGACUUGAAACAUCCGCUGGUAGACAGGAAGUCGGCCUCUUGAUCGACAUCCAUCCCAUCGGAAGGAAAAGUCUCGAGAGCGUAAUUAAAUUGAUUGAUCGAAGGUAAUCCAUGAAUCUCGGAGUCAGCGACAGCUUCGCCCGUUUCGCGGAACGUUUUUAUUCGUAACGAUUCAUUACAAGAAAAAGGGGGCAACUAAUAGUUCUGGCUUAGCAAAGGAGCGAACGCAGUUGUAGGUGAAAGAGCAUUAAGGUCAAACACCCGUGAAAACAGCGAAAGAAAGCGAACGGUGGAGCAAACUGGCAAUCAACAAGAAAAAAUAUAAAAGAACAUAUUACCGGAGAAAAGCAGUUAGAUCGCUUUGUUUGAAACUGGGUUAGGAAAGAAAUCUAAAGGACCUGUGCAACUAGUCAACAGAGGUAACUAAGUUAAAAGAGUGACAGAAAAUGAAGUUCUAAGAGGAAUCUCUGAUAAAGAAAGCAAACAGACUGAAAACAAGUAUCGAAGCGUGUACUCGAUGGUACUUUAAGAUCACGGUUAAAUAAUACAGGAUUCAAGGAAGCAAUCGUGCAAGGUGUCAGCUGAAAGGAGCUCGCGUGUAGACUGCUGAAGGAUUCCUAAAGCGAAGAGGUCAUCGAAGGAAAGCAUGGGCCAGAUGGAACUGGUCAUCAAAUUAAAAGUUCUGCUUUAAUUCGCUUUGAGUGGAGCAUUAAGAGCUGAAGAGAAGAGAAGUGAAGAGUCUGAAGUGGGUUCUAGCAGAGCUCAGCGGAUAGUUAAUGAAUGAUGACUUCGGUAAUCCGUUGAUCGAUCGCUGAUCAGUGGAAGGUUAAAGAUGGAAAUGGCGAUCCAGGUGAAUCCAUGGUGUCUUUCGAGUCCAGUCGCCAGGCCAUUCGAGUCCUCGUUCAAUCGGAAGCCCUUCGCCGCCCUUGGAGAGGAUCGUACGGACGCGGCAGAGGAGCUUGGCAACUAAGAUGCGAGAACUGAACGCCACCGCGUGCGCUGCUUUGUACGAGCGCGUCGAGUGGUCCAGCCCCUGGAACCUGAUUACCCUGAUCAUCCUGGCGGUCGUGAACGUGAUGGUGGUGCUAGGAAACGUGCUGGUGAUCCUGGCUGUCCACCACACCAACAAACUGCGCAACGUGACGAAUAUGUUCAUCGUUAGCCUGGCUGUCGCUGAUUUGAUGGUCGGCCUGGCUGUGCUGCCAUUCAGCGCUACGUGGGAAGUCUUCAAGGUCUGGAUAUUCGGUGAUCUCUGGUGUUCCGUCUGGCUGGCGGUGGACGUAUGGAUGUGCACAGCAUCAAUAUUGAAUUUGUGUGCCAUCAGCCUCGAUAGAUACUUAGCGGUGACCAGGCCAGUCAGUUAUCCUCAGAUCAUGUCGCCGAAGAGGGCCAGGCUUUUAGUCGCUACUGUCUGGAUCUUGAGUUUCGUUAUCUGCUUCCCGCCUCUCGUCGGCUGGAAAGACAAACGGUCUCAUCCUACCUACAACGUGACGUUCGCACAAAAUGGUCCUUUCAACACCACCACGAUUCUGGUCCCGGUAAAACCGUGUCCUUGGAUCUGCGAGUUGACCAACGAUGCUGGUUACGUCGUCUACAGUGCCCUGGGCUCCUUCUAUAUACCGAUGCUGGUCAUGUUGUUUUUCUACUGGAGAAUAUACAACGCGGCUGUAUCCACGACGAAGGCCAUUAAUCAAGGCUUCCGCACGACAAAGGGCUCGAAAACUCUCGGCUCCAGAUUCGACGAACAAAGGAUGACCUUGAGGAUGCACCGGGGCCGGGGCAGCGUGCACAACGGGAGCAACAACGGUAGCCCGAGGAGCCCGGAGUCGAAUAGCCGGAGCUCGGUGAAAAAGGAGAAGAUAAAGAUCUCGGUCUCCUAUCCGAGCACCGAGACGCUGAAUACAAAGUGUAACACUCUCGAGAGGACGCCCUCGAGAUGCUCUCAGAUCUCGGUGCAUUACAGCAACGGGCAGACGCAGAGCCAGCUAUGCCCGACGCCAAGGAGCACGCAUCUCAAGGUGGGCGGGAUCAACAGAGUAGGCAGCACCAGAAAGCCCAGUAGAAGAAGCAGUUGCGAGAGCCAAAUGACAGGGGACGAAGUGUCACUGCGCGAGCUCGCCCCAGGCCCUGAAGAGAAGCCCAGGACGACAAGACUGGGCAAGAGGAACAUAAAAGCUCAGGUGAGAAGGUUUCGCAUGGAGACCAAGGCUGCCAAGACGCUGGGCAUCAUUGUCGGCGGUUUCAUUCUCUGCUGGCUACCAUUCUUCACGAUGUACCUGGUUCGCGCGUUCUGUCCGAAUUGCAUCCACCCAACCGUGUUCAGCGUGCUCUUCUGGUUAGGCUACUGCAACUCCGCGAUAAAUCCCUGUAUCUACGCUCUCUUCAGCAAGGACUUCCGGUUCGCUUUCAAGAGGAUCAUCUGCAAAUGCCUCUGCAAGCGGCAGGCUGACGGUACUAGACGCGGCAGCGACGGAAGUCAGCUAACCGUGAGAAACGACCGAAGUCCCAGCUACUCGAUCCGCAUGCCCCAGCAAGGCGUGUCCAUCGACGACUCGGACCUGGACCCGAGCUCGGAACCGACGGUGCACUCGCAGAGCGAGUCCAGAUGACUGUAGCGUGCCAGGAGUGGCGCUCAACGCGUCACCUUCAACCCGAAGACCUCCAAGGUGAGGAUACAAUCCUUCUGAAGGAUCCUCCAGGAGCCAAGUCCAGCGCUGUCGCCGCGGAAUCGAGCACAGCGCAGUUCCGGCCAGCUGGAAAAUCGCUGCAGCACUUUCUAGUAGACUUGGAACACGGACGAACGGUCGAGCUUCUUCGGUGUCUUACCUCGUUCCAGCAACCACAGAGACUUGGAUCCUUGAUCGAAACGAGGAAUCACGUUCAAGCGACGACGAAGAACGAGAAAAAGCGAAAGGCAAGAGACGAGCAACUAAUAAACUGGAAUAGAAUUUCAGUGACGGUGCAGUUUAGACAAUUCAUCCACGAAAUACUCAAGAAAAACGCUUCAUGUUCCGUGAACUCCGUCGCCUAAAGUUCUGACGGAACGAUCAGUCGAAGUGCGGGGUCGUCGACGAGUUUCGGGGAGGUGGCCAGUCCCGUGGCCAACUUCGACGUGUCCCGAGCACAAGUCCAAAUAAGUACGUGUCGAUAUCUAUAUGUACGCUGCUAUGUUUAAACGCAAAACAAAACCGAACCGUUCCCGCGCGCGGAUCGUUUCUUCGAGACUCUUUUGAAACGUUGCUUACCGAGCGGAUGUGGACGGACCUCUGACCUCUCAGCGCCGGCCCGAUCCCCAUUGUUUACCCCCCAUUGCUUCUGUAGAUUUUUUACCGUUCCUCGUUGCCAGUCAUUCGCGAUAAUACUGUUAAACGAACGCUUUCGAUGUUACGGCGAGUGUUUUGGACAGGGGAGCUGACACGGUUGUGUUACUAGUGGUUACGAGCUUAUCGAUGGUGUCGUUGGAGAAGAAACAUUUCGUUUGGUUUUUUAUUCGGUUUUCAGACAAGUUCAAUGAAGCUGUGUUUUAACACGUUGAUGGUAGCAUGUACCAUCGAUGGUACGUAGCUAGUUUACAAUAUUAAACUGAAGUGACGUUAAUAAUUCAACUAUUUAUUGGAUUAUUUCGAUAUUCAAUUAUUUAUUGGAUUUAUCCACAAUUAGCAAUUGAAGUCACGAAACUAAACUAGUAACAAAAGAAUGCACAACAAUAUCAUUUUCGUAAGCAUUGCUUGUUAUUACGAUCUGUGAUGAAACAUAUAAAUACAUAGUUCGAUGUGAAUGUGUUAAACAUUGUUUUCGUAAACUAUGCUGGUUUUCUAGUAAUUUAUUUUAUGGAAAUAUUUAAAUAAUGAAUUGUCACGAAAGAUGUUGCUGGUUUAUCUCGUUUAAUAUGUUACAGCUUUAAGUGAUGUUACGUGGAAGUUUUGCCUGAUUUUAUUUAUUUUAAGAGAUACUCCUGAUUGGCUGAAGGUGGAUUGUUAACACUUAAAAGACUGCUUGCGAAAUAUUGAUACGAGAUUUUGUAUUUAUUUCAUAAGUAUUUAUUAAGUAAUUUUUAAAUAUUAGAGAAGACCUUCGAGGUUAGAAUUUUAAGUAUUGGAUAAUGUUCUAAAUUCUCUAUGAUCAUUCAGUUUCCAACUUGAAAUUAAUAAAGUGAAUGUAAGAAAGUAAUCAGAAACAAAACAUAAGUGUUAAUAAUUGCAAUAAUCAUACAUUUUUGGUUUAUAAUUGAAUUUUUUCUUACAUUUGAUCACCAAUAAUUAUUUAUUUAAGGAAUUAUACAUUUUGGUAAAUUAUAUUGGCCAAAAAACAGUAUCGACAAUAUCAAUAAUUGAAAUUAUUAAUGAUUGAAAAAUACUAUUAAUGAGUGAUGAGAAUGUUGGUACCGGCACCUACACUACAGCGUAACUUGAAAUAAUUAAUCGAGAAAGGGUUAACGUCGUUCGACUGUUCUGAAACGCCCUGUAACGCGACGAGACGCGCGUAACAAGGAAAAAAGCUCGUGAGUAAGUGUUGUUAUAUCUAUGUGAUUAAAAAAAACGAAGAAACUCGUUGGGAUUUUUGUACGGUCGCGUUCAGACUUUUUCCUAGAGGCAGAGGAACGUCCGGAAACCGAGAGCUAUCGAAUUCAGCGCCCGGUCCAUUGUAUUAUGUGAUAUAUCGUCUGCAUACGUAACGAACGAAUGGAAAAUAAAUA